AUGACAAGAAGCGUUGAGAAAGUAGCGAUAAUUGGGGCAGGACCAGGCGGCCUGGCAGCCGCAAGGGUCUUUCUAGCCAAUUCCAACUUCGAUAUAGUGCUCUAUGAACGGAGUCAGAAUGUCGGUGGAGUGUGGUACUACCCACCCAAUGCGCCUCACAAGGACACAGCCAUGUAUGACGAGCUGGAAACCAACUUGUGCAAGGAAAUCAUGCAGUUCAGUGGGUUCCCGUUCCCUGAAACUGCCCCUACAUUCCCCAAUAGAACGCAUGUCGAGGAUUACUUACAAGCAUAUUUCCAUACGUUUAUCGAGCCUAAUUCGCGCGUCGAUGUCAGGCUAGGGUGUAAUGUGGAACGGCUAGAGAAGAUCAACGGCUCAUGGCAUAUAUACGCCAAGCACUCGUUACAGGCUGUCGACUACGUCGUGGUUGCCAACGGACAUUUUGAUGUCCCUUACAUCCCUUGGCAUCUCCCAGGGUUAGAGCAGUGGAUCUCGCAAGACCCUAUGAGUAUUCUUCAUUCCAAGGGCUUUGAAUCUUGUAAGUUUUGCCGCGGGAAAAACGUUUUAGUGGUCGGCAACGGCAGCUCCGGCUCUGACAUCACGAACCAGGUGAGCACAACUGCUAAUCAUGUGUUCCAUAGUGUUACUGACAUCUCUAAAACGAAUUGGGAGGCAAAUACCGCGGUGACAGCCGUUACCACUAUCUCGGAGCUGGACUAUGCCCAUGAGCGCUCGGUUCGACUACAAGACGGGAGUAUCCUGACACAUAUCGACUACAUUAUUUGGGCUACAGGCUACAUGUAUGACUUGCCAUUCUUACGUAGCUACCGACCACUAAUUUUGGGAGCCGACUGCGACUCCAAACCUGCGCGGAGACUCUAUAACGUGUGGGAACAGCUCGCGUUCACCGAAGACCCCACCUUGGCAUUUUCACUGCUAUGCAAAAACGUAGUUCCAUUCCCGCUCGCUGAGCUGCAGGCCGCAGUAAUGGUCAAAGUUUUCAAAGGCGAGUUGGAAGUUCCUCCUUCCGGUGGACAAGCAGCGUUGUCAGGUGAGUCGCCAAGCGACGCAGCAAAUUCAUCGAAGAACUAUCACUCAUUAAUCACCCCCAGAGAUAUCGAGUACUGUCGAGAGCUUCAGGCUCUUCUCGAUGCACACGACAGUGCCGACGACCCUUUCCAGCCUGUGCGCUGGGACGAGCGCAUGGCAGCUUUACGCUACCAAACCGGUGCUAUGAAACAAGAACGCACAAAGUUGCUGGUCAAGAACGCUAAAGAGUUCAGGGAACAAAACCAGCCCUAUAGGCUCUAA